AUGGCGCUGUCCUGUGCUCCUCUGCGGGCUGUGUGUGCCCGGCCGGGGACUCUGCUCAGGUAUAUGUCAAGAACAUGUCGGCAAUCUGGAGCAAGGACAGCAGUUCUCUGGAAGCCUGGACUGACUCCUCCUGUCACCAGCCAUGUACGAGGAAUCACCGGCCUCACUAAAUCUACAUCAGGAGUCUUCUUGUCUCCAGCUAAUACCCAGCAAUCUGCACAGAACUCCUCUAUACUCAGCAGGGUGUCACCAUUACUUCCCAGCAUUCUCCAGCAGUCCUCAAGACCAGUCACAUAUAUCAGUCUCCGCAAGGGGAAGAGGAAGUCUGUGAAAUCUGUACCGGAGCGAUUUAUGCGUCUGCACUGUGGGCUCUGGAUUCGUAGGAAGUCCGGCUAUAAGAAGAAGCUGUGGAAGAAAAGGGCAGCCAGGAAAAAACGCCUGAGAGAAAUAGUGAUCUGUAACAAAACGCAGAGCAGACUGCUGGACAAAAUGACCACGUCCUUCUGGAAGAGGAGGAACUGGUACGUGGACGAUCCUUACCAGAAAUAUCACGACCGCACCAAUCUGAAGGUGUAGGAUCAGCUUCCUGCUCCUGUAUCUUUACUAUGUGUAUUCUUUGUGACAUGUAAUAAAAUAUGACUUUGAAUA